CACCCAGCAGUGCCUAUGUCUGCCCGCCUAACCCUGCAGUGCCGUAGCGGUGAGUCCCCGGCCUGCCCGGGGCCGUACCCAGAUGGCGUCUUCCACAGCGGCGGCGGCGUCCGGCUGCCCGUCGGCCAGGCCCCGCACGAAGGGCACGCACAGCGCCAGCAGCUCGUCCAGCCCGCGCCGCGAGCAGCACCGCACCCGCGGGUCCCGGCGGGCGGGCGGCCCCGCCGCCAUUUCCCGCCUAAUCCGAACCGAAAAUGCCGGCCCGGAAGCACAACCCGGCGCUCCCCCGCCCCUUCCCUCCCGCAGCCGGGGCCGGGUGUCGGCAUGGCGGGGCCGGUGGACUGUCACUGCCACCUCUCGGCGCCCUGCUUCCACACGGACGUGACGGCCGUGGUGGGUGCGGCCCGACAGGCGGCGGUGGCGGCGCUGGUGACGGUGACGGAGCAGGCGGCGGAGUUCCGGAGCGCGCUGGAGCUGUCACACAGGUUCCCAGGGUUCGUGCUGCCGUGUCUGGGUGUUCACCCUGUGCAGGAGGUUUCUCCGGGAGAGCAACGCAGUGUUACUUUACAGGAUCUGGAUGCAGCAUUGCCACUCAUAGAACUGCACAAAGAUAAGUUGGUGGCAAUUGGAGAAGUUGGAUUAGAUUUCACUCCCAGAUUUGCCAGCACAGAUGAACAGAAGGAAGGACAAAGACAGGUUCUGACCAAGCAGGUUGAGUUAGCAAGAAAACUGGAUUUGCCUUUGAAUGUUCACUCCCGCUCAGCUGGAAGACCAACCAUUCAUCUUUUAAAGGAGCAAGGUGCUUCAAAGGUGUUGCUUCAUGCGUUUGAUGGGAAGCCAUCUGUAGCCAUGGAAGGGGUGAAAGCUGGAUACUUCUUCUCCAUUCCUCCCUCCAUUAUAAGGAGUGAUCAGAAGCAGAAACUUGUGAAAGUGUUACCUUUGGAAAGUAUAUGCUUGGAAACUGACUCUCCUGCUCUGGGGCCUGAAAAACAGGUGAGAAAUGAACCAAAAAAUAUCUACAUUGCUGCAGAAUAUAUUGCUAAAAUUAAAGGAAUUCCAGUUGAAGAAGUUAUAGAAGUGACAACACAGAAUGCGCUGAGAGUGUUCCCCAAACUUCGUAACUUUCUUCAGAGCAGGAAAACGAAUUUGAGAAAGUUACUGGCUUAGCAGAAAGGUCUUAAUGUUUCAUAUGAGAAGAGCCACAAGGAUUUGAAAAGAUAAUUUGUAAGUCAGCAUGUCAGCUUUUGAGCUGAGAUCGUGUGAUAGCUGCUCCAGUAAAGCACACCAGUGAAUGUGUUCAUUGACACCUGGAGAACACUGAAUUAUCUCCCCCAUAAUAAAAGGGAGGAGAAUUUUCGCUGGGAUGUUGAGGCUUUGUGGCUAAUCUGAACCAGUCUGAGUCUUGCUGGGUGUACUCUAAAGAGCUGUCUGAAGGGGUCUUUGAAGAAUGCUUCCCAACAAAGGAACAGAAAAAGUCCCUUUUGGUGUCUGGGUGGCUGAGUUCCUGUUGAAGUGCUGUAGGCUGCAGGAAUGUUAUUGCGUUUUCCAUAAUGUGCUGUCACAGCCAGGGGCUCGGGCAGCCAUUGUUUGUUUUUAAUUCAACUCUACACGAAAAAACAUCCCUCUGAUUUUUAGUUAUGCUGAGGUCAGCCAAUGUCUUCCCUAUGGAACAGAUGGAGGCCGUUAAGAAACACGGCUCUCUUCCUGCUGAUAACUUCUUCAGAGGGAAAUUGGGAACUUCCAGCUGUUAGCAAAUAUUUGGGUUUCCUCAAUAGAAAAAGUAACAACGUUUCUCAGGAUCGGGUGAGCAAUCUGUCUUUAUAACACAAGUGUAUUUCCACACUUGGCGCUUAGUAGAUCCAAAUCCAUGUUUCCUUUCCAUCUACUUUUUAAAGAGUGCACACGGUGGUGAUGAAGCAAGUAGUAAAAGAGUCGUGAAACUGAAGUCAUCUUAUGGUGUUUUUUCACAAUACAGCACAUUAAAUCGCUGCAGCUCUCAGGUUAUCUGAGACCUCCUAGAAGUGAAGGAGAUGCUUUAUCCUUGUUCCUUUGAGUGGUGCUUUCAAUGGCCAGUUGUUCAGCAUCCAUCCAAAGCUGUCUGAUGCUUUUCUUUGCGCAGUAUCAAUGCAAAAUGCUUUGAGGCUCUUCCUAAAAGUUAACCACCGUUUGGAUGAAUGAGUACUUGUUGAAAAUGAGAACGUUCCUUAAAGGCAACCCUCUGCAUCUCCUGAUUUUUACUAAUGGUGUGAACGUGGGCAGUUUGAUGUUGCUUACUGCUUAUAAACGAUUCAGAUGGAGGUUACACCUUUUGUGGUAGAUGAAGAAGCUGUUACCCAUGGUGAAUAAUAACCCAACACGUUUUACCUACUGCAUUUGUUCACUAGUUAUUUAGUUAGUUGGUUGGUUAGUUAGUUAAAACACAAACUCUGUGUAUGUAACGUAUUUUCUCCACUUGGUUUGCUUGGAAACUCAGGAGAACAGUUCUGUUACAUAUUAAAGACUGACAGCUGACCGCAAAAGGAAAACCAGAUGGCAGCGCAGCAGAAGCACCAGAUGUACAUUUCUUCAUCUUUUGUGUGGAUGGAGACAUCUCAGAACGGUCAUUUCUAAUAUUAUUUACAGAAGAGUCCCCUGCUCGCUUAUCACUCCCUAUAUAUCAAAAUAUAGAACUUUUCUCUGAUGUUUAAGUCAGGGAAUCCUUCUGUGUGCCUGCCACUAUAAAAAAAAAAAAAAUCACAUACAUGUCACAGACAAACAUCUCUACUGUGGGCAGUUAUGUUCCAAAAUGAAGGUGCCCAGACAAGCACCUGGAGUUAAUCUAUGAGCAGACUUCAGGUAGGGGCUCUGUAUUGCAGAUGCUCAUUCUGUGGGAGAGGUUGAGACUUUAUGUUGUGCGGACAGCAGGUUGAAUGUUGCUGGAAUGAGGACUGCAUAGGAGGAAGAGGAUGUUUAAAUUUUCCCUGUAUUCUCUUAACAGCUUUCAAUGAAGAAAUUUAAACAUGCAGCUCUUUGACCACUUUAUUUCAGGCCCAGCUUGCUGAGGUUUGUUUAAUAUCUUGCUAAAAUAGUUCAUUUCCAGCUCAGCUGGAACUUCAAAUCUUUUGUUCUGAAACCACCUUCUUAAGCUGCUGUAGUUGGAUUUUUUUCCCCCCUUGGUCUAAAGACAAGCACACAAUACAUUUCUUCAGCGGAGAUUGUCCCUGCAUUGAGCUCAGUGUAACCAGGAGCUGAGUGCUUCAUAAAACAACAUUUAAAUUCCUGACAGUGAGGACUGACACGGUUUGAAACAUUACAGACAGAAAAUCCUGGAAAUCUGAAUCGUGUGCCCGGUGCACACAAAAAUGCCAGCUUUUGUGAAUGUGAAUUUCUAGGUGGAGGGAUUAGAUGUUGUUGUAAGGUUUGGAAGAACAACGUGACCAGGAAUUAAUGCCACUGGAAUAGCCGAGCUAGGAGUGUUAGGAAAGUAAUUACACCUUGAAAGCAGCACUCUAUAGUUGUCUUCCCUUUAUUUUGCUAUAUGCUCUGAACUGAAAUAAAAAAGCGCCUUC